AAAAAAAAGGGAAGGUUAAUGAACAAGAUGAACUGAAUUUUCCAACUAUGGUUCUGCACUCCCCUGAGUUGGAGGCUGAUUUAGUCGGCAUUUGACACUGACUGUCCCUCAACGCUUCUUGUUUCCAUCAGGUUUGUGGUGUGCUGCUUUAACAGUUGUGCAAAGCCAGAACGGACUGUGGCAAUGAGUUGCAAAGGGGAGGAGGAGGAUGUGGUCAGAAGCUUUGACGGCGGCGUUACUUCCCUCCCUGGGGAGAAAGGAGAAGCUGCUGUACCUCCUCUCCACCUGACCCAGAUGUCCGAUGGAGCACCUUCAACGGCUGCUGGGGACCCUGCAACGGGCUCUGGAUUAUGUUUCGUCCUUCACCACUUACCUGCUUGGAGAUGAAACUUAUCCAGGAGCAGAAGAGUCAGGACAUAGAAGGGACAGGAGCAGCCGUUGCAGCAGCCAUGACGGGGAAGUGGAGACAGCACACUCUGGGGACAUUCCUCCAAGGAGACAUCUGGAGGUCUUUGAAGGUUCGCUCACCACAGAGAUAACCCCAGCCAACCAGGAAAUCCAGGCAGCAUCAGAAGCAGCACACCACGAUGCUCAGGCAACAGAGUCUGUUCACAAACUUUCCAAAUUGCCCAUCAGAUCUGAGGGACAGGAAAAGGCUGAGGAAAAGCUCUCAGAGUCCUCUCCAUUCCCAGCUGAUGCUCCAAAGUCAAGUCCCACAGCAGCUGCGAUCAGCAGCAUCAAACAGAAAGAUGUGGAGGGGCCAACUGCUACUGAGGGACUCCAUCAGUGGGAGCUAGAAGGAACCAGCUGGAUAGGAGGAGUUCAGCAGCAGGGGGCGCUAGAGGAAGAGGCAGAUACAGAACAGCAUCAGCACAGGGAAGCAGAGAAGCCCGCAGGCAAACAGCUGGAGGAACAAGGGCAGGGAGAAGAGACUUCAGAGGAGAGGGAGGAAAAGCAAGUGGGAACUGUGUGGUAUGACGGGAUCCAGCAAACUGCACCAGAUUUGGCACCGUCUGUGGGAGAAGAGCAGAGAGGGCUGGAGGGGAUGGUGAGGGCUGUGGGGUUUCAGCUCAGUGGGGUGGUGGAGGAGGAGGUCAAGAUGGUGGAGGGACAGCAGCUAGAGGCUGAGAGACAACAGGAAAAUGAAGCAGAGAUGGAAAAGGACCUGCUGGAGGAAACAAAUAUGGUGGUUGCAAAGGAAGGAAUUCCACAAACAGUGGCAGGCAGGGUAGAGACUGAAGGAGACCAGGAGGAGAUGAUCAGAGGAGAAGCUGAAGCUGGGAGAAGCCAUCUGUGGGAGCCAAAGGAGGAAGUAGAAGGCACAAGAGAGACUGACUGUGGUCAGGAAAAGGAACUGGGAGAAACUUUAUGGUAUGAGGGGAUUCAGGAAAGGGUACCAGAUUGGUCACAGUUUGUGGAGGUACAACAGCAAGGGCUGGAGGAGGCAACCAAGAUGGCAAAAGAUGAGCAACUGGAGGUUGAGCAGGAACACAAAGAAGAUCCAGAGGCAGAAGGGCAGGAGGGAGAGACAUGGGCUGUGGGAUUUCACCACAGGGGGCUGGAGAAGGAGGAAGAAGAGGUCAAGAUGGCAAAUGGUCAGCAGCUGGAGGUCAAGCAGGAACAGGAAGAAGAACCAGAGGUGGAAGAGAACAUGCAGGAGGAGAUGGAUGUAGCUGAAGAAAAAGAAAUUCAGCAAGCAAUGCCGGGCGCGGCAGAAGCUGAGGGAGAGCAGGAGGAGGAGCUACAAGAGGAAGAAGGAGCUGGGAGAUGCCACCAGCGGGAGCCAAGGGAAACUGCUGUGACUUUGGAAGAGCAGGAUGGGGAGCCAAAGGGAAUAGCAGAGAACAGGGGUGGUCAGUGGGAAGAAGCGGCAGGUGGAGAAGAGACAGAAGGGGCCCAGCAGAGGGAGGUAGAGGAACCUGUGAGUAAGGAGGCAGCAGAAGAACAAGUAGAACUUGCAGGAGAAGAAUGGCUGGAGGGGAGUGACCAGAAGGGCGAAUCAGAGAGGCCGGCAGAAGCUAGUGGUCUUUUUGACAAAGAGGUGCUGGAAGCAGCUGGAGUCCAGACAAUGCAAACAGAAGAGACAGACAGCAGACAGCAGCAAGAACCCGUGGUGUGCACUGCCCCCAACGCUGGGACAUUCCCAGUUGAGGUCACGUCCCUGGACACAAGUCACCAAAUGGAGCGGGUGCUGCUUCGCCGCAAGAGCUCUAUCCGGCGGGCGCCGAGCACAAAGAGACAGCCAGUGGAGACCCAGCCAGAGACGAUAAGCAUAGCUGAGGAGGUUCCGGCUCAACCACAAACACCGUGCAGGCAGAACCCAAGGCAUUCUGGGUUUGGGCCUAUGCACCCCAACAUGAUGGCUGAACUUCAGACGCGCCUGCGCAAGCCCCAGUGACCCAAGGGUUGAUUUCUGCAUUAUAUUUGAGCUUUCACAGGACGUAAAAGCCACCUCUGGAAAUCUAGGGGCCGUUUAGCACUCAUUUCCAUGUUAAUUGCUUUCGGGGGGGGGGAUAUACAUUUGCAACCCUGUUAACGCAGAAAAUUGUGG